AUGGCAGCUUUAGCCGCCAAGCUGGGGAGAAGUCUGCAACAGAGACGCAACUUCGUGAAUGCGAGGGUCAAAUGGGUCGGUGACCCGUACCUCGACGAAGCUGUUCAGCGAGAGAAUAACCUCAAGCAGCUUCUCUCUCUCAAGGAUCGAAUCGUAUCGUCUCCGUCGAAAUCACUCCCUCUCUCGUCCCUCUCGCUCCUCAAGCCUCUCGUCAAUCUCCACAUGACCGUCGCGGCGUUUUUCCAGAAAUUCCCUUCUGUCUUCACCACUUUUCAGCCUUCGCGUUCUCUUCCCCUCCAUGUUCGCCUCACCCCGCAAGCUCUCGCUCUCCACAAGGAAGAAGAGACGAUUCACCUAUCGCCGCCUCACCGUAAUGCCACCGUUCAACGGCUGACGAAAUUCUUGAUGCUAACAGGAGCCGGAACUCUCCCUCUCAGUCUCGUGGAUCGUUUCAGGUUCGAUCUAGGUCUCCCUCACGAUUACAUCACUUCGCUGAUCGGCGAUUACCCGGAUUACUUUGAAGUAACGGAGAUCGAUGAUCGGUCUACGGGUGAGAAGACGCUUGCUUUGGCGCUUUCUUCGCGGCGUAGCAACCUCGCCGUGUCGGAAAUGGAGAGAAGAGAAGCUACCAUUGGUGGGACUCGCGUGAAGAAGGGGUUGCGCAUAAGGUAUUCGAUGAAUUUCCCCAAAGGGUACGAGCUGGAUAAAAGGGUGAAGAAUUGGGUGGAGCUAUGGCAGAAUCUUCCUUACAUCUCACCGUAUGAAAACGCAUUUCACUUAGGGCCGAGCAGCGAUCAAGCUGAGAAGUGGGCGGUCGCAGUACUCCAUGAGCUUCUGUACCUCUUGGUGUCGAAGAAGACUGAGACAGACAAUGUGCUUUGCUUAGGGGAGUAUUUAGGGUUCGGGAUGAGGUUCAAGAAGGCGUUGGUGCACCAUCCGGGUAUCUUUUACAUGUCACACAAGAUUCGGACCCAGACUGUUGUCCUAAGGGAAGCUUAUCAUAAAAUUUUCUUGCUUGAGAAGCAUCCGUUGAUGGGGAUGAGGCAUAGAUCUGCUAUUCCGAAGAUGAAGCCGUCGUACACGAUGGAGAUCGUCUGCGUCUCAGUCUUGAUUGGUUACGCAAUCAACUACUUCAUUGGGAAACGUGAGAACGAAAACCUCGCUUUGGCUUGGGCCAGGAAAUUCGGUCUUAAAGACUCCAUUUUCGGUAAAAACUUCAGUUUGCUGGGAGUUGGUGAAACAGAAGACUCUCCGCUGCUGCUGAAAGAAGCGACGAACGUGUUCAAGUUCAAAGCGAGCGGACGUAGGUAUUGCCAUGGGCUGUUGGCGACCAUGGAGCUUAAGAGCAGACACGAUCUGAUCUCAAGGCUAUUCAACUCGGUGGGAGCUUGUAAAGAUGAGAUUAGUUUCGAGGUAUACAUGAACGACGAAGCCAUGGAUCACAUCGUGUUUGCGAUGGCGAGGAAGAAGGCAGCGAAAGCGAUGCACAAGGAGCUGAGGGAUCUGCAGAGAUUCGGAGGGAUUGUGCCCACUCCCGGCGGGAGGAAGUGGGUAUCGGAGGAGUUAUCUGUGGUCUCUGAGUCUAAGGAAGUCGCUGGGGAUAUGAUCACAGAUAUUGUACUUGAUCAGGUAUUUGGUGACAAGUCUUUCGAAAAGUUUGGGAAGUAUUUCAUCUCAAUGCAGUUUUCGGACCAACUUGCUGGCAAACACAGGAAGAUGCUGCUUUUCAAGUUUGCCUUACCUGAUGCUAAACACAUGGAUGAUCUGGUUCGGUGGGUAGCCCUAAUUCCGUAUUACAUUGACUUAGUUGGGCGAUACAAGCUCAGCCCCCAGGUACAGGGGCAAAACUUACGGCCAAAACAUUUGUCUUGUUAUCGCUGUGUGUGA